UCUGUAUUAAGAAACAAAACAAGGAUGACUAAAAUGAUUCUCUCCAUUAAAGCUAAUUUCUUUCUUCUUUACUUCCUCGUUUUCAUAAGUUCUGAAGCAAGAACUUUGCUAGAAAAGCAACAUGAGCAGAAGGUGGUAAAAUCUGGUUAUGGAAAGGAGCCAGCUCCACUACCUCCAUCCCCAGAAUCAGCUUCACCAAGUAACCAAGAAAGACUUGGAAGACACGCUCAUCUUCCACCUCCUGCGCCCAAACAUGGUCCGAAAAUCGAUGAAGUCACAAGCAACAGGCAUGGUAGGGAAAGCAAUGAGCUGUUAAUGACAAUUACAAGCAAUGUUAUUAGUGAUAAUGAGCUGCUAAUUUUUCUUCCGAGUACUUCAUCAGACAACCAAGAAAGAUUUGGGAAGCACGGUAUACCACUACCACCACCACAACCAGCUGAUGAACAGGGUCAGGUGAUUGUCACUUCCUCUAAUUGUCAAGAUGGAAGUAAAUAUAGUGGACGAGAGGAACAAGAACUACCACCUCCCUCACCCCACCAUAAUGCACCCAUCGAUCAAGUCACAACCAGCAGACAUGGUAGGGAAAGCAGUGACCUGUUAAUGACUAUUACAAGCGAUGUUAUUAGUGAUAAUGAGCUUCUAAUUUUGCUUCCGAGUACUUCAUCAGACAACCAAGAAAGAUUUGGGAAGCACGGAAUACCACUACCACCACCAAAACCAGCUGAUGACCAGCAUCAGAUAAUUGUCAGCUGAUGAACAGGGUCAGAUAAUUGUCACUUCCUCUAAUUGUCAAGAUAGAAGUAACUAUAGUGGACGAGAGGAAAAAGAACUACCACCUCCCUCACCCCACCAUAAUGCACCCAUCGGUCAACUCUCAAGCAGCUAGGCAUGGACGUAAGCAAGGACUUACACCUCUCAAAUCUCCAAUUUCUUCCUUACCUCUUCAGGCUUCCUAUUAAUUAUAGUAUAGUAGUAUUUAGUUUAGUACUUCUUAAUAUAACCUGCUUUUAGUUCACUAUAUAUAUAUAUAUAUAUAUAUAUAUAUAUAUAUAUAUAUUGUCAAAUAUGAUGAUGGACUGAUAACGUGAGUUAACUAGCUAUAUAGGCUUGUCAGUUAAUGUAACUUGGUGUUAUUCUAUAUAUCCUGCAGGCUGCGUGCAUGCUUUAUAUAUUGUCAGUCUUGUGUAAUAUAACUAUGUACGUAGUAAAUGAAUUUGAUGAGUGAUGGUUUCAGUGCAUUUA